UACAACUCACUCCACUCCAAAGUCGGGGGAGUUUUAACUGUGCCGCUAGUGAGAAGGGAAGUCUUGAAAGACAGCGUUGCCUAGCAGCUUUGAGCUACAGUGAACCGUAUUAAGGGUCUAACUUUUUUCUUACGAUUUUUUUUUUUAGACUAUAUAUUCAUAUUACAGAUAUGCCACAGACUGUUACUCUAAAUGGACCCUCGCCCUGGGGUUUCAGACUCGUGGGUGGAAAGGAUUUUAGCACACCUUUAACAAUUUCAAGGGUCACCCCUGGAAGUAAAGCUGAUCAGGCUGACCUUUGCCCGGGAGAUAUCAUCCUCGCUAUAAAUGGAGACCGUACUGAAAGUAUGACACAUAUGGGGGCUCAGAACAGGAUCAAGGCAUGUGCUGACCAGCUCAUUUUAUCAAUCAACAGGUCCGAAACAAAGAUUUGGUCUCCAACUGUUACAGAAGACGGCAGAGCAAAUCCUUUUAAAUACAGCUUGGAGUCAGAACCUCAGGAUUUUGGGCCUUUCAGAAGCGGACACAACAGAAGACCAGCCCCCUUUGCGCAUGAUGGGCCUAUGAAUAAUGGGAAUUCAAAACCAAAUGCGCAGUACAAUAAUCCCAUGGGACUUUAUGCGAACAACAACAACAACAACAACGAAACAUCUUUGCCCAAGCAAAUGGGCAGACUCAGUAUCACUUCUCCGCAGAGUCCAGAACCACAGGUGCAUUCCCCAAACACCAAAAACGGUGUGGACACCGAGUCUGACGUCUACAAGAUGCUUCAGCAUACUGAUUACGAGUCAUCAUCAGAACCAAAGCAGUCUGGGUCCUUCCGAUACUUACAGGGAAUACUUGACGCUGAGGAUACUGGUGAAAAACCAGAAAGGCCAGCCGUCACCAAAAGUGUGAAAUCCCCAGUGCAUAAACUGGGUGGCAGCGUGCCUGGGCUGCAGAAGCUCCCUGAGUGUACCAGAUGUGGGAAUGGCAUUGUUGGUACAAUAGUAAAAGCACGGGAUAAGCUUUACCACCCCGAGUGCUUUAUGUGUGACGACUGUGGCUUGAACCUGAAACAGCGCGGCUAUUUCUUCAUUGAGGAGCAGCUGUACUGUGAGAACCAUGCAAAGGCCAGAGUGCAGCCUCCAGAGGGUUAUGAUGUCGUAGCUGUUUACCCCAACUCUAAAGUCGAACUGGUCUAAGUCUGUGCAUUAACAUUGACAUUUUAUUAUUAUUUUUUUUGUGCGUGUGUGUAAAUUAACUGUUAAUGUUCCGUCCUCUUGAAUUAGGAUAUUCAGUUACUCAUAAAUAAUAAUUAGGUUAUCCAUGGAGUAUCUUCAUUCCUGUUUAGUAGAGUAGUGCAUUUUUUAUAUUUUGUAUUAUUCAGAAUUAAACAUCUCAUCCUUUUUUUAACACAUAUUUAAUUAGUACUAAUAUUGUAAGGUCAUAAAUUCUUUAAUUAAAGGAGGCAACAGGAUUUAAAAAAUAAUGGCACUUUAUCACUCAUUUGAUGAAGAGCGUUUUGAUCAAUAUAUCUGAAAAAUAAAUAGUUAAUUAAACAAUAAAAUGCACAUUCUAUUCCAGUAGGCAAACUUUUUGUCCUAUCACAGGCUGUAAGACUGGUUGCGUAAAUAUGAAUUCCUGCAUCGCUCCAUGUGCUAAUGGUUAAAAUAGACAUCCUAACAAUCCCGCUAAAGCUUUGUCAACCUAAAUGUUUGUUUGAGCAAAAUAGUCUUUAUUAUUGGAUACAUUGGAUUUUGAAGUUCAGUUGAUGCCAGACCAAAAUAUGUCAAAUUUCUUUCCAUGUUGUAUUUAUAUAACAGACUUCUGGCGAACUGCACAGAUUCUAAUUGAAAACUGACACGGCAUAAAAAGAUGUGUCCGCGUUUUUAACUCUGCUUGUUCAACGGACAGAGACAGAGACGUAAUUUUAAUUGAUCGUAACAUUUGAAUUCAAUAAUUGAAGUAGUUCACCGUAUUUUUUAAAGAUGUUACAAGAUGACAAGUUUAGAUGGUUUGUAUAAAAUAACCCUAAUCAGUCCAAAUUGUGCUGCUGUGUGUUUUUGUAACUAUUGUCCUGAUUGGUUCUGUGAUCAAAAGGGUAUAAAUAUUACCAUGUUUUGAUUGGUUUAUGUAACUGAUACAGCCGGUUUUGAAUGAUUUCAAAGGUUAAACUUUGAAGAGUAUUUGUACAACAUAUUAAAAACAAAUUAAUGAAGAGGUUUGGAUUCGUUUAAAGUCCAAAAUAACAGAUUCUCACAAAACUCGCAGGCUACAGGAAUUCCUAGCCGUUACCAGUGAAGUGUAACCCCUUCAACGUGUUUUUAAAGUGUUUUAAAUGCACAAAAUACAAUCCUUUUUCCAACUGAAACAAUGAAACUGCUAGUUUUUCUUUUCAUAUUGGGUUUUCUUUUCAACCCUCUGAUAAUGUUAUUGUACAUACGUUUUUGAUGUUAUGCUUGUAUAUUGUUUGCAAAUAAAAAUAACUUGGUUGAAA